AUGAAAAGUGCUAUAACACUUGUAACAAUAAUCACUAUUGAUAUAGCUAAACAAAUGGAAUUACUAAAAAAGACAGAUACAUAACUUUACGGAAAUUUAAGAUGGCAUUCUGUUUGCUUAAUUGAUAGAAGACUAGUAUAUAUGAAUUGCAAAAUUUUUAGUUUAGGAUAUGACUUUAGAAGACCAUUUUGGAACCUAAUAAUUACAAAUAUCUAAUUAGCAAGGAAAAAAUGCAAACUAGAAAUUAGAAAUUUUGAUGAUGACAUUUCACUUUCUGAUUGUAAUUUAGAAUUGCUUAAAUUUAUACAGUAUUUUAUUGACACUCUGUUGAGAGCAAAUUAGGAAGAAUUAGUAGAAAUGAUGUAAUAAUUAUUACCACAAUAAUAAUCAGAAAUAAUGGGGUUGCUCUAAAAUUAAAUUAAUGACAUCGGCAGUUUUCAAGAGUGUGGAUAUUUUGAACAUUAGACUACAAAUACUAUUAUCUCCUUGGAAGAAAAUAUCAAUACAAAAGAUAACAUUAUCGCCCAACAAAAUAAGUAAUUUGAAUUAAUGAAAACAGAAUAUCAAAGUAAAAUCAUUGAUCAACAAAACAAAAUUACAUAAUUAAAUGAAUUAUAUGAACAACUAUACGACUCGGAAUUGUUCUGUUUAUAAAAACUAAAUUGUUGCGAUUUUGAAGAAGUAUUCAAUAAAUUUGAGGAAUACAUCAAAGAAAUUGAAAAAUGCAAGCAAUCAAUUGAAGAUUUGAAUUAAGUGGUUUAAAACUAAUAGAAGGAGAUAGCCAAAUUGCAAUAAAAGAACCAAACCCUGAAAUCAUAGUUAUUGUCUUGCCCACCAACAGCAAGAUCAAUAGAGCCAGAAUAACAAUAGAUUUUAGUGAAAGAUCCGAAGGAAUAAAAGACUAUAGAAAAUUUAAAAGCUAAAAAUCAAAAAUUAAUAGAAGAUAACAAAAAAAAAUUAGAAUGGAAAGAAUUUUAGUAUGAGGUAGAGUUAAAAAAAUUAAAAGGUUAACUUUAUGAGUCAGAAAAGUAAGCUGCAUCUUUCAAAAAGAAGAUGGAGAUGUUUAAAUUUGAAUUAGAAGAAUAUUAAAACAUGAAUUAAUAUGAAAGGAAAUAGCCUUUUGAAAGUUUAAGACACCAAGGAGUUUAUUCAUCGAACAAUAGUUAUAUACUUGAAAUUGAUUAAAGAUUUGGACAGUCUCCAAAAUCAACAUGUUUUGAUUUUUUCUAAUCUUAAAAUAAAUCUGUGAUAGAUCACGCUAUUUCUCAUAAUAAUUAAUCAUUAAAAUACACCGAUGAAACAAAUGUGACGAAGUUGUAAUUAUAAUUAAUUGAGAAAUCAAAAUAGAUAACGCUGCUGGAAAAAUAAUUGAGUUGCUACUAAUAAAGUUCACAUUCAAGGAGAAACUCAAUGGCAAAGUAAUUGGAACGACAUUAAGACUAAUAGGUAAAUUAAGAAUAACUAAAAUACUAUAUGCAGUAGUCAGAAUAAAGAGAUAGGGAAAUCAAUGAAAUAAGAGAAUAAUAAAAUUCAAAUUUUAUAGAUUUGUGCAAAUAAUUAAUUAAAUAAAAUGAAUAAAUCUAGAAAUUAAAUUCCAUAAUCCUAAAGAAUAAAUCUUCAGAUUAAAUGCAAGAAAUGAGAGAGAAGCAUUAAAAUGACUUGUAAGCAUUAAAUCAAUAUUAUGUUGAUGCUUUAAAUAAUAAAGAUGAGUAGCUUCAUUUAAUAAUUUCUCUAUUUUAUGAUGCAGUUAAAUGA